CUUUCAGUGAAAGUGAGUCCCAUCGAUAUUACGGAAAAUCUUUUCUUCGCUAUUUUUGGCCAAAAGGACACGGACGACUUCACGAUAUCGUUGAAACGAAAGAUGCAACCAAGUUGGACCAUAUAUUUGUUUAAGGUAUCCUUUUCUAUGUACAUGUUGGUUAGCGUGAUAGUUCUAAUUAAUCUGUUAAUCGCGAUGAUGUCUGACACGUACCAAAGCAUUCAAUCUCAGAGCGACAUUGAGUGGAAGUAUGGGCUCAGCAAACUUAUUCGGCAAAUGCAAAAAACACGAACUGCGCCUUCACCUUUAAAUCUUGCUACAUCUUGGAUUCCGUUCAUUGGAAAAGCAUGUAAUAGUCGAAGCAGGCAAGAACGAAAGGCAGGUGUAAUGCGAUUACUUGCAGGACAUCCGUUUACGCAGGAUAACGGAAUAUUAUCGCAACAACCUGAUACCAUUAGUUUUCCAUUACUUCGACCAAGUCCGUUGGAAAGUCAAUUAUCUUUCAAAGAUUCGAUGAAAAUCGAAAAUGUCGUCGAUUGGAAUCUCGUAAGAAAAAAGUAUAGAGUAAGAUUUGGUAAUGAAAUCGAGAAACCUCUUCCAGAAGAUUCGUCUACAACCAACGCAAACGUUUAAACAAUUUUAUACACAUAUAUAUACCUCUAUAUUAUUUAUAAACACUAUAAAUUUAUCACCUUAUCGUAAAUGAAAUCUAUAUA